AUGACUGCAAAGGCGCCCCAGAAUCCCAGUCAUGACCAGCUGGCAGCUGUCCUCCCGAAGACCACAUGGUGGAAGAGUUCCCAGUUGCGUAGGCUCAAUUUUUGCAUUCUAUCACUAAUCUUCUUCUCCUCUUCCAAUGGCUUCGACGGUUCCUUAGUCAAUGGCCUUCAAUCACUAGAUAGUUGGAUGGAUUUCAUGCAGCAACCCUCUAGUACCUGGCUUGGAUUUAUUAACGCAAUUUACUCGAUCGGCGCACUUGUUUCAACAGCUCUUGCUGCAUGGUGCAGUAACAGGUUUGGUCGAAAGCCCUGCGUUUGGAUAGGCAUUAUUCUUAUCCUGGCUGGUUCAAUCCUGGGCGCGGCCGCUCCCAAUGACACCGUCUUUAUUGUGUCGCGCGUUCUCGUUGGUCUGAGUGCUGGCUGGGUCAGCAAUGCACCCCCUCUCUUAUUGAAUGAGAUUGCGUAUCCCGCUCAUCGAAGUAUAUCAUCCAGUCUCUUUAUGAUUGGAUACUACCUUGGAGCUGUUAUUUCCUCCUGGGUCACAUUCGCGACUCGCACAUACGACUCAUCCUGGUCAUGGAGGCUGCCCACUCUCCUACAGAUGCUUUGCCCACUUGUUGCUAUUCCAGGCUUUUUGCUGACGCCAGAAAGCCCCCGCUGGCUAGUUGGCCAGGACCGCGUGGAAGACGCUCGCAAGGUUCUUGCUGACUUGCACGCAGGUGGUGACCUUAAUGCACCACUUAUUCACCGUGAAAUUCAUGAGAUCCAAGGAGCAAUCGCUGCGGAAAAGGAAUCCGCUGCAUCAUCGAGCUAUGCAGAUAUGGUCAAGACGCCGGGGAAUCGUCAUCGUCUCUUGAUCACGGUUACUCUUGGUAUCUUCUCUCAAUGGUCUGGUAACGGGGUGGUCUCCUACUAUCUAGCCAUGGUGCUCGACACUGUUGGCAUAACGGCGACAAAGGACCAGCUACUUAUAUCGGCCUGCCUUCAGACCUGGAACCUAAUGUUUGGCGCUGUUGGUGCAUUAUUAGUAGAUCGGGCUGGCAGGCGUCCUUUAUUCCUGAUCUCUGCGAGCGUCAUGCUUGCCAGCUACAUCACCAUUACCGGUCUCUCUGGCUCAUUUGCUUCGACCGGCUCUGCGCCUACAGGGACUGCUGUAAUCCCAUUUAUUUUCAUCUAUUUUGCGGGUUACGAUAUAGCCUUAACCCCAUUGUUGGUCGCAUACCCCGUCGAAAUCUGGCCGUACACUCUUCGAUCCCGCGGUCUGAGUGUCGCCUGGCUGUCAGCUAUCGGUGCAUUGAUCUUCAACACCUUCGUCAACCCCAUCGCGCUGUCUGCCAUCGGGUGGAAGUACUACUUCGUAUUUGUUGCUAUCCUCAUCUGUUAUGCUCUCACUUCGUACUUUUUCUACCCUGAGACUAAGGGUUACAGUUUGGAGAACAUGGCCCUUCUUUUCGAGGGCGAUAGUGCGGCUAUUGCCCGGGACAAGAACGAUUGGGAGCAGCCGGAAUCAUCGGAAGAAAGUGCUGAGAAGAGUGCCGAAACCGUUGAAUUGGAGCGUGUGUGA